AUGAUGUCCUCCACACCACACAGGAACCUCAGUGGUUUACUCUCUCGUUGGAGCCUCAGCAACUACAGUGUUUCCAGUUUAGUGCUUCACACCAGAACUCUUUCCCUGUUUGGUGGUUAUAAUUGCAAGUUUCAACUGAUCAAGAUCCAGAAGUCCUAUCUUCUUCCUUCCAUUGAAACAAGAAAUACCUCAUUAAACACUGCAAAAAGACCUGGAAUUGUCAACACUAUCAGAAGCUACAUCAAUCACAAAGGUAUAAACAGCAAUCAUUUCGAUAAUAGAAAGCAGGAUGAGUUAUUUGUAAAGAAAAUCAUCGAGGAUGCCAUUGAAACUGAGUAUAAACAGCAAACCAAAAAAAAUUCAAAGAAAACCAUUGUAAUUAUACUCUCAACUGUUGUUUUUACGUUAUUGCUGAUCUUGGGAUACCAAUUGUUUUACAGGAAAGAAAGACUUUUGCUUCCCUUUUUGAUCUAUAAACAAAGAAGGAAGGAAAUUUCAAAGCUGCUUGAUUCAGAUGUCAAUUUGGAUGUUACGUUGAAGGAAUUUAAUAUAUUAAACGAAAAAUUAUUAAUAUCAGAGGCCGAAUUUAAAGUAUUGGAAUCUUUAUCCAGUUCAAACUACAUAAGAAAUGAAAUCGGAUUGCCUUUAUUAAUAUACAAUUCGUAUGAAGAAAACAAAUUGAAUUUUACAACAUGGCUAAAUGAGAAAAAUCCAUUAUUAUAUUAUCUAGAAAUAUUGCCCUUGUAUGAUCACCUAAAUCCAGAAGAUCUUGGUGAUAAUAAUAAUAAUAAUAAUAAUAAUAAUAAUAAUAAUAACAAUAACAAUAACAAUAAUAAAACAGGUUCUAAAAAGGCCCAAGGUAACCAACAAAUUAACAAAUUGAAGUUUAGUUUACUUGUGCAACCAAUGGAUUUUAGAAAAAUUAUUGGAAACUCAAUAAGAGAUAUUUUAGACUACUUUAACGUGGAUAUUAAUGGCGUAUCACCCAAUAGGGCUUCUAUUGGAGAAUUCAAUGGGUUGAAGCAUGAUAGUUCAAAUAACACAAUAAUCAUAGACAUAUAUGAAGAUGAGAAGAUUCAAAAAGAGAAAGCCAGAUUAAGAAAUUUACAAAUAAUAUUUGAGGGAUUCUUAAAAAUUAAAGGCAACUUCAAUAAAGAAAAGGAGUAUUUGGUCAAAUAUACAGGUCAUGUUGAUUUUGAUCAUAGAAAUUUAAUUAAAAUCACCAAAAUUGAUUUAUAUUCGAGCCCAGAUGAUAAAAACCUUAAACAGAGUUUUAUUAAAAAUAUAUUGUAA